AUGGACAGCGUUGACGCCGCACUGUACCGCGGCAACGCAGCCCAUCCAUCCUCGCCGAUCGACUUCAACGUUGACACAAUACACCCACGUCCGCACCCUAGCAACGGCAGCAGCUCUCUCGGCGUCGCUGCGACACGGCAGACCGCCUCCCCGCGCCCCGCACCGCCGCCACCACCGCCGCAGCCCUUGUUGAAGGAGGUGCUGCCCGAGGAGGAGGAACUCGAUCAGUUUGACAUUGUGCUCCAGCAAGAUGCGGCGGCCAGUAACUCGCAGUUCGCGGGUACGCACUCCCCUUCAGGGGCCACGCCGCCGCUGGCAAGCUGCGCGGCAAGCAGCGGCCCGCACGGCGCGGCAGGGGGAUCGAAUAACGUCAGCAACAGCCUUAGUAGUCCCAGCGUGCUGCUGCAGAGUGCGUCGAAGCUGAUGCCGUCGGUGGCGGGUGUCUGCCAGGCUUCUGCCCUCACCCAGGAUAGGGAGCAGUGUGCACGCCUGAUUCAUCAAAUGACGUCUAUCCUGCGCGGGGAGAUCAACCUGCACGGACAGCCCACAAACAGCAGCGCAAACGGCAGCACAACCACCAUCACCACGGCGACUGCGACGACGACACGCUCCACCGCCGCUUCCGUUGUCGCCUCCCCCGGCGGGGACCCCCGCGCAACGAGCUCGCCAGCGUCCCUCGCCGCCGCCGUCGCCGCCUCCGCCUCCGCGCACAACUUUGAGGAGGAGCUCAGCCUGCUUACAGACAUUAUCCUGGAGGCGAACCUGGCGCACAACCCACAGUGGACGGCCAACGUGCACCGCGGCACCGGCAGCACAAAUGGCUACCCGUCGCCCCUGCACGCCGCCCGCAGCUCUCCCCGCAGCGGAGGUGUGGGUCAGUCGCUGACGGGCAUCCAGGCCGUAGCAGCAGGUGCCGCCGCUGCUGGUGUGGGUGCCCCGCACAGCUUCAACCCGACGAACAGCACGGCGGGCGCCACAGUAGCCGUCGCAGCCCGCUCACACUCGCGCACGUCGCCGGCCGGUCCGGGCGCGUACGUCUCGAUGCGUCAAAUCAGCCCCACCGCGGCCGGCAGUAACGCGCAGAACACCGACGGCCGCUCCACCAUCGACACCGAAGUCAGCGACUCCCUCUGCCGCCUGUCCAACAUGGGCGGCGGCGGCGGCGCGUACCACCACCUUUACGUGAUGGAGCACGACGUACGCCCCAUGAACCCCUGCCAGGGGGCCGCGGCGGGUCCCACCGCUACUACAACUGCCGGCGGCGGCAACAGCAGCGGCAGCGCCUCCCGUCAGACGAACUCCACCGCGCCCUUCCCUCAGCCACCGCCGUCUGCGGCGGCUCCGUGGGCGUCGCUGAUGUACGGCAGUGCGAACGUCGGCCACCUUGACCGGGCCGCCAUCGCCAGUCUCACGAACCAGCAGAGCUCCCGAAGAGCCAACGGCAGUGCGGCGCGCAGCACGAGUGCCACGGUGAAGCACCCACGCGCCGUGAAGCCGGACCCGCGUAACGACCUAGCGAAGGUGGGCCGCAUCCGUGGGCCGCGCAGCCGCACCGGCAAGAACGUCGCCCCGAGCAGCCACUCCGCCUUCUCGGAGUGCUCCGGUGGCGAGACGCGUAGCUGCCGCUCCACGCUGACAGGCGCCCAUCGCGUUCUGUCGUCCUCGGCGAAUGUCACGACUAACACGUCGAUGUCCAGUAGCGUGUUCAAUCACAUUCAAGUAGAGCACGUGAUGGCGGCGACUAGCGGCGACCGGCGAGACUGA